AUGAAGUGUCACUACGAAGCGCUGGGGGUGCGGCGAGACGCCAGCGAGGAGGAGCUCAAGAAAGCCUAUCGGAAGCUGGCCCUGAAAUGGCACCCAGAUAAAAAUCUGGAUAAUGCCGCAGAAGCAGCUGAACAAUUUAAACUGAUCCAAGCGGCAUAUGAUGUGUUGAGUGACCCUCAGGAGAGAGCGUGGUAUGAUAAUCAUAGAGAGGCUCUGCUUAAAGGUGGGCUUGAUGGAGAAUAUCAAGAUGACAGCUUAGAUUUGCUUCACUAUUUCACUGUUACCUGCUACUCUGGUUAUGGUGAUGAUGAAAAGGGCUUUUAUACGGUGUACCGUAAUGUUUUUGAAAUGAUUGCAAAGGAAGAACUAGAAUCUGCUUUAGAAGAGGACAUGGAAGAUUUCCCAACUUUUGGAGACUCCCAGAGUGACUAUGAUACGGUGGUCCACCCUUUCUAUGCUUACUGGCAGAGCUUCUGCACUCAGAAGAACUUUGCUUGGAAAGAAGAAUAUGACACACGGCAGGCUUCAAACCGCUGGGAGAAGCGAGCCAUGGAAAAAGAAAACAAAAAGAUCCGAGACAAAGCGAGGAAGGAGAAGAAUGAGCUUGUCCGUCAGCUGGUCGCUUUCAUCCGUAAAAGGGAUAGAAGAGUGCAGGCUCAUCGAAAACUCGUGGAAGAACAAAAUGCAGAGAAAGCCAGGAAAGCUGAGGCAAUGAGGCGGCAGCAGAAGCUAAAACAGGCCAAGCUGGCAGAGCAGUACAGAGAGCAGACCUGGAUGGCGGUAGCUGACUUGGAGAAGGAGCUCAGGGAGAUGGAGGCACAGUAUGAAAAGCAGUUUGGAGAUGGAUCCGGUGAAGAUGAAGCGGAAGACCAGGAGCUCAGAGAUGGACAGGAUGAUAAAGACAGCGACGAGGCCGAGGACGCAGAACUUUAUGAUGGCCUUUACUGCCCUGCGUGUGAUAAAUCUUUCAAGACUGAAAAGGCUAUGAGGAAUCAUGAAAAAUCAAAGAAGCAUCGGGAAAUGGUUGCCUUGUUAAAACAACAGUUGGAGGAGGAGGAUGCAAAUUUUUCAGGACCUCAAACUGAUGAAAACAGUCUGAAUGCCAAUUCCGAGGAAGAGAUGGAGGAUGCGCCAAAACAAAAGCUUUCUAAAAAGCAGAAGAAGAAGAAACAGAGGCCAGCACAGAACUAUGAUGAUCAUUUCAAUGAAAAUGGAACUGGAGAAGGAGUAAAGGUUGACCCGGAAGAUACCAACCUAAAUCAAAACAGUGCCAAAGAAUCAGAAGAUAGUCUCCAAGAAAAUGUUGGGGUCACAGCGACUGUGGAACUGUGUGAUGACCCCAAAGCUGAGGUUAAAAGUGUUUCUAAACCCAAAGGAAAGAAAGCCAAAGACACUAAAAAGUCUGUCAGAGUGCCUGCUGAAGCACAGACAAUGAGUGAUGUGCUUAUCAGCUGUACAACCUGCCAUAGCGAAUUUCCAUCCCGGAAUAGACUUUUUGAUCAUCUGAAGGCCACCGGUCAUGCACGAGCACCUUCAUCCUCAACAUCUCUGAACAGUGUAACAAACAGUCGAAACAAAAAAGAGAAACGUAAAAACAGAUAG